UUUAAAUAGAAAAACACAUAAAGUACGACCCUAGGUGCAUUCUCACGUAAACGAAGGGAGUAUAAUUUGAGCGUAUCCAACAAGUAGGACGUACACAAUACCAAGUCCACAAACGGCUCGCAGCGGCGCAAGGUCCCACAAUUCGCAAUGUAGGGUUUUAUUUUGAUUGUUGUAGUUUAAACCAGAGUCUAAUAUACUCACUCCAUAUCUCUGCGUUUUUCCGACACUAAACCUCAAAGCUUAAAACUUUUUACUUCAAUCUCCAGAAUCUCUUCAUUUCUUUGUAUUUCUUCUUCUCUUGAUAACCAAUCAUGCAAACUUAUUGUGGUGCAGGAACAUCAACAACUAUGGGUUCAAUCCCAAACCCCAAAAUUCCCCUUUUUCCUCAAUUCAAUCAAAAAGGGUUUAAUCAUUUGAGUUUUUUCGAUUAUUCCAUCCAUUUCUCCAAGCCUUCUCGUUUUUCUUUUGUUUCUAAUAGUUUAGUUACUGGUAGACCACCCUCUUCUGUCUCUGUUCCUGCUCCUGGUACUGGAGAUGAUUCAAGCGGCUUCAAAGAUAAUGGUCUGAGUGAUACCGAUCCAGAAGUGUAUAAUAUCAUUGGCAAGGAAAAGGAAAGGCAGUUUAAAAGUUUGGAACUUAUUGCCUCGGAAAAUUUUACUUCUAGAGCUGUUAUGGAGGCUGUUGGUUCAUGUCUCACUAACAAAUAUUCUGAGGGGUUGCCGGGUAAACGGUAUUACGGUGGAAAUGAACAUAUUGACGAGCUCGAGAUUCUCUGUCAGCAGAGGGCUUUGGAAGCAUUUCAGCUGGAUGGGGAAAAGUGGGGUGUUAAUGUUCAACCAUUGUCUGGUUCGCCUGCAAAUUUUGAGGUUUACACUGCACUUUUAAAGCCACAUGACCGUAUCAUGGGUUUAGAUUUACCUCAUGGAGGACAUUUGUCUCACGGUUUCAUGACUCCUAAAAGACGAGUUUCAGGAACAUCGAUCUAUUUUGAAUCGAUGCCUUAUCGGCUUGACGAAUCUACAGGUUUGGUUGAUUACGACAUGCUUGAGAAAACUGCUAUCCUGUUUCGACCGAAACUCAUUAUUGCUGGUGCCAGUGCGUAUCCUCGAGAUUUUGAUUAUCCUCGUAUGAGGAAGAUUGCGGAUGCAGUUGGUGCUUUCCUUAUGAUGGAUAUGGCACAUAUAAGUGGGCUUGUUGCUGCCUCUGUCGUUGGUAACCCAUUUGAUUACUGUGAUGUAGUCACAACUACUACUCACAAGUCUCUACGAGGACCUAGAGGAGGAAUGAUCUUCUACAAAAAGGAUACAAUUUUGGGAGUUGAUCUAGAAUCUUCCAUCAAUAAUGCCGUCUUUCCUGGCUUACAGGGUGGCCCACAUAACCACACCAUAGGAGGACUAGCAGUUUGCCUUAAGCAUGCAAAAUCUCAAGAGUUUAAGGCGUACCAAAACGCUGUAAUCUCAAAUUCUAGAGCUCUUGCGAGCCGACUGGUUGAAUUGGGAUACAAACUAGUAUCUGGUGGGAGCGAUAACCACCUUGUUCUUGUUGAUCUUAGGCCAUUGGGAGUUGAUGGUGCUCGUGUUGAGAAAAUUCUUGAUAUGGCUUCCAUUACACUGAAUAAGAAUUCGGUUCCUGGUGACAAGAGUGCCUUAGUCCCUGGCGGCAUACGUAUUGGUUCACCCGCCAUGACAACGAGAGGGUUUAAAGAAACAGAGUUUGUUGCCACCGCAGACUUUAUUCAUGAAGGAAUCCAAAUAACUCUUGAAGCAACCAAGUUACGUCCCAAAACAAAACUCCAAGAAUUUUUGAAAUUUGUCGCAUCUCCCGAAUUCCCCUUGAGGGAUCGUGUUUUAGACCUUCAGAAACGAGUGGAAGUCCUUACCACCCAAUUCCCGUUACCUGGGUUGUGAGCGACUUGAUGCAUGAUCCUCGAGGCGAUUAGCUUCUAGAAAUGUAUUUACAUGAUCCACAAUAAGACGACGAUGUUAGAUCUUGUGGUGAUUUUAUGAUCAAUGGUUGUUUCCUAUCAGAUGUCUAAUAACCUGUGUAUACUCUGGUGUUUUUUUGAUUUUGGAUUUGGCAUGAAAUCACAAAAUACAAUCACUCAGAACAGUUUUUAAGACAACAAUUGUAAUUGGUUGUCAUGUUAUAAACUUUCUAGUACA